AUGGAUCCACCACCGGGGAAUGGUUCUUUUUACACUACACUAGACACUUCUCGCGACGAGAUUCGGCUUCUCGAAAUCACAUCCGUCGAGCCUAUAGUCUGCAAGCUUUCUAUCGUGUCUCUCCUCGAUAAACCAGAGUUCUCCGCGCUAUCAUAUACCUGGGGUGAUGCGAGUGUUACCGAGCCCAUUAUCGUGGAAGGAAGAUCUAUCGCCGUAACGACGAGUCUCACUUAUGCCCUCAAAGCGGUUUACUUCCAAUGGACAGAAGGCUGUUGUUCCGACGACAACUCCGGUCACAGGAUUUGGGUUGAUGCCGUUUGUAUCAAUCAGCCAGAUGUUCAAGAGAAGAACUCUCAGAUACCGCUGAUGUAUAAGAUUUACACAAGUGCGCAGCGAACCUUCUGCUGGAUCGGACUGCCGAUACCGGACUUGUUGGACGCAUUUGACAUCUUCACGUACUUAUUUCAGGAAAUUGAUUCCAGAUCAAAAAAUGAGCAAGAAGGCGAAAAUCUCCUGAAAACUAUCGACGUCGACCUUAUGGCCUUGGUACCUCGCAUGAACAAUCUGUUCUUCACUCAGUAUUGGAGACGCAUGUGGAUCGUGCAGGAGUUGGUUUUGAGCAAAGAAGCUUUGCUAGUGUCGGGUACAAAGGCUCUUCCUCUAGCAGCAAUCAGCUGUGUCAACAAUUGGUUGAAAGUCUAUGGCUCGCGACGCGAUCCAACGAGCACUCUAGUGUCCAGAGAAGAACAGGCUCUGGAGACCGAAGCUCUACGUGCCCGGAUUCGUGAUCUGAACUAUCUGGAAAUAGCCAAGAUUGAGACUGCAAGAUUGUUUGUGGAAAAGAGAGCAGCGUAUCUAUCGGAAGAAACGCACGUUCGCUUUUGCCGCGCAGGAAUGUACAUGUACAACAGUCUCUCGACUUACGCUGCCACAAAUCCAAAGGAUCUCGUUUAUGGGCUGAUGGGCGUAUCAGGGUUUACCUUGGCUAUCGACUAUUCUCCAGCAAAGACCAUUGCAAACGUGUACUGCGACUUCGUGGCGAAAUGGCUGUCGACUUGUGGUCCAGAAAGCUUGAAAAGUAGCUGCGGCGAUCUUUGGUUCCUGGCGCAUGCUGGCAUCGGUCAUGCGUGGGAGAUGAUCCCAGGACUCCCUUCCUGGGCCCCUAAUUUUGUCGCGAUAUCGAAACUCAAAGUAGCUCAAGGCCGCAUCUUUUGCACCGUCGAAGAUCGUUCUAUGGAAGCAUUUGGCAAUCAUCGCCUCAUCCCGACAUGCUCAGCAGGCAACUUACACUGUGCCGCAGCCUUCGUCGAUGAGAUUGCGGAUACUGGACCGGCCAUUACUGAACUUACUGGAAUAGAUGGACCUCCUGCACAAUGGAUACAGUGGGUUGUUGAGGCGUUAGUGCGAUCACCCAUUCACCCGAGAUCCCAACGUCAUCGUGCUUUUAGUUUGUUAGAAGCGAUUCUGCAUGUGAGGUUUAUGGAAUCCAUGCACACGAAGGAGGAGAUGUACGCAACUAUAUACGGUUACCCGCAGCUCGUUCACUGGUUUCUUUUUCUCCUCUUCGAGACUUGGAAAUUCAAUUAUAAGAACGAUGACGAGCACGCUUUCUAUGCUGCAUUCUGCACAGACCACAUUUGGGAUAGCGAUGAGUUCGACCCUCACGAGUCGGCUCGCUGGCGAUCGAUGCGUGCGACGCCGGAGCUCAGCUCACCGGGACUUGGCCAAACGAUUUACUGUUGGAUCGCCGCUUUGGAAGACAUCUCUGGCCUUCGGCCGUUCGAGACAAAAGAGGGUUAUUUCGGACUUUGCCCACCACUUACGGAAGAAGGUGACAUUAUUGCCGUGCUGUGCGGAUGCUCGCAUCCCGUGGUAUUGCGGAAGAUGGGUGAUCAUUAUUCUCACGUAGGAGUUUGUUAUGUGUCGGAGUAUAUAAGUGACGAAAAGAGAAGCGGUUUGAACGCUACGUCAUUUGAAGCUAAGAAGAUUGAGAUCCGCUGA